CAUUUCCACAAUCAAACUCAACUUUUUUCUUUCAUCACUUUCCGAGAAACUCCCUUAUCCCCUAGAAAAUCCUAUCUCCGUACCCUAUAAAGUUGCUCACAUUUCAUUUCGAUUUCACUUGCCACCACUUUCUUCAUCUCCUUAUUAUUCCACCAUGGAUGUUCUUGGUGUUCAUCAUCAAAUUAUCAAAUCCAAGAAGCACAAAAACAAAAGAUCCAAAAAGGGCAUCAAAGUUGUGUACAUAUCAUCCCCCAUGAAGGUCAAUACUUGUGCCUCAAAUUUUAGAGCUCUUGUGCAAGAACUGACGGGGAAAGACUCCGACGUCGACGCCUCGGCUUCGCGCUUCGUUGAAAACCCAAAUCCUAACAAGCUUGUUGACGAUCAAGAUGCGGUUGGGAGUGAUCAUUUGAUGGGUUUGUUGAGUGAGUCGUCUCCUACAAUUUCUGGUUCAGACAUGGAGUUGGUUGAUGAUGUAUUUAUGCCGCAUAGAGAAGGAAGUUUCUUGGGAAUGUUUAGUUCAAAUUUUUUUAGUGAUUUGUCUUUUCAGUUUAAUCAUCCGAUUAGAAGCUUUGAUUCAGUGUAAAUUUUGGAUGAACUCUUAGAGUUCUUCAUAUUUGAUCUUACGUUUAUGUAAG